AUGGAUGUGGCACCGUCGAUGGUGCAGCGUUCCGGGGAUAAGCUGAUCGUGCGGCGAGUAGUCAGCGGUGAGCAGGUCCACCUCGGUGAGUCGUCCGAUAAUGAAGGAUCGGAGCGAGGCGCUGAUUCGCGCCGGUUACCCGAUCCCGGCUGGCGUCAGACGUACGACGAUCCGUUCGGGGCCGGAUCCUCGUCCUCGCCGACGCACCACCGGCCAACGACACCACCGACCGAAGGGGUGGCUCAGGACGAGCAGCAGUUGCCGCAGUGUAAGAUCAAACGAAAUUACUCGUGCGGCCGCUGCACCUACUUCACGCAGAACCCGCGCAAAUACCUUACCCAUCUGCGGGACACGCACGGCGAGAAGAUCGUGAUCAACGAGUGUAAACGGUGUCUGUACGCGUCCCGUCACUACCAGAAGCUGGUGCGGCACAUGAAGAUGGUGCACGGUUCGGUGGAUGGCAUCAAGAAGUCGGGAUCGUUCGGGACCAGUGGUCGCCAUCGAAAUCGGCUCCAGCGGGCGGACUUCAGUGGGGGGACCCGGGCGACACUGAGCGAGGUGCUGCAGGCAGCGGCCGCCGCAGCGAGCCAAGGACCCGGUGGCAGCUCACAGCGAUUACUGCUGCGCAGAGGCGUAGAUCCGGACACGGACCUGGCUGCGGCCUACGUCCAGCAGCUUGUGGCCGCUGCCGGGUUACCCAAGUUGCUGGAGGAGAUUGAAAAAUCCGCCGCCAGCUCGUCGGUGAUGGCCGGUGAGUGGCCACCGGCCACGAGUUACCGAGUCUAACCGACGAUCUCUCAUCGCCUCCUUCUUUCUUUUCUAGCGGCGAAUUUUGCGCGGCAACAGGACGAACAGUCGGCAGGGAACCAACCGUUGCCAUA